AAUAUUAUGACGUAUUCAACUCGUCCUGUCCAGGAAGUUGGGAGUUUCUUGAUUCUUUCAACUUCGUAUUUAGUGUAUGUCAAGACUGCCAGAUAGCCAAUAGAAAACAAUUUUAAGAAGGCGGAUAUAUCUUAGAAAAACAAAACGCAACAUUAGUUCGUCCCUCAGGGACGCAAUUUUUGUGAACAAGCUUCCUGAAAAGUCGUUAGAGACGGAGAACGUGGACGCCUGAAAUCAACUAAGAUGUUAGCUUCAAGCCUGUCCGCUAAUACCAGCGCCGAACUUCGUAAUGAACAAGUACAAAAAGUGGACCAAUUCCUGCAGCAGUUCAUGGUGUCAGAUCAGGCUGUGAUGGAUUUGUCCCUGAGGUUCAGGCGCGAGAUGGACAAAGGCUUGUGCAGAGACACAAACCCCGCGGCUGCUGUCAAGAUGCUGCCCACAUUUGUGCGCUCUACUCCCGACGGAACAGAACAAGGGGAAUUCCUGUCUCUUGACCUGGGUGGGUCCAACUUCCGAGUUCUCCUGGUGAAAGUCAAGGCUGAUGGCGAGCAAAAGGUGGAAAUGGAAAACAAGAUUUAUGCCAUUCCUGAGCACAUCAUGAGAGGCUGCGGGUCCGGCUUAUUUGACCACGUGGUUGACUGUCUGGCUAACUUUAUGGAGAUGAAGGGGAUAAAGAAUAAAAAACUUCCUCUGGGCUUCACCUUCUCAUUUCCAUGUCUGCAAACCAAACUGGACGAGAGUGUCUUGUUGUCUUGGACCAAAGGCUUCAAGCUAAGUGGAGUUGAAGGAAAGGAUGUGGUCAGCCUUUUGAGGGCCGCUAUUAAAAGGCGAGGGGAUUUUGACAUUGACGUGGUGGCAGUGGUCAAUGACACAGUGGGAACCAUGAUGACCUGUGGCUAUGAAGAUCAGUACUGUGAAAUUGGUCUGAUUGUGGGAACCGGCACCAAUGCCUGCUACAUGGAGCAGAUGAGGAACCUUGACCUUCUGGAUGGAGAUGAAGGGCGGAUGUGCGUGAACACCGAGUGGGGCGCUUUUGGUGAUGAUGGUGCCCUGGAGGAUAUUCGCACCAACAUAGACCAGGAGAUAGAUUCAGGAUCCCUGAACCCUGGAAAACAGCUGUUUGAAAAGAUGGUUAGUGGGAUGUACCAAGGCGAGCUGGUGCGUCUCAUCCUGGUGAAGAUGGCCAGACAGCGGCAGUUGUUUCAGGGCAGGACGACCCCAGAGCUCCUCACCACUGGACAUUUCAGCACCAGCUACAUCUUCACCAUCGACUCAGACAAAGAAGCAGAAAGUCUGGCAAGUGCUGAAAAGGUUCUGCGCGGCCUGGGUCUGGAACCAUCGCUGGAGGACUGCAUAUGCACCCGGCGGGUGUGUCAGAUAGUCUCCACUCGGGCCGCGCGCUUGUGUGCCGCCACUCUGGUGGCAAUACUUCGACAGAUCCGGGACAACAAAGCCGCUGAGAAGUUGCGCACCACCAUUGGUGUGGAUGGCUCUGUUUACAAAAAUCAUCCAGAAUUUUCUAGGAGGCUGAAUAAAUUGGUGCGGCGGCUCGUUCCAGACUGCGACGUGCGCUUUUUGCAGUCUCAAGACGGCAGCGGGAAAGGCGCCGCCAUGGUAACAGCGGUGGCACACCGCCUUGCUGCUCAGCAAAGGGAGCGCAAGCUCGUCCUGGACGCUCUGCGUUUGAGCCGUGAACAGCUGCUGGAAGUGAAGAGGAGGAUGACCGAAGAGAUGAUGCGAGGCCUAGCGAAGCAAACGCACGAGCAGACCAGCGUCAAAAUGCUGCCCGCCUUUGUCCGCCACACCCCAGACGGAACCGAGAAUGGAGAUUACUUGACUUUGGACCUUGGGGGCUCCAGCUUCAGGGUUCUUCUAGUGCGAUUACGAAGUGGAGGACAUCACAAAGUAGAAAUGCAUCAGAAGAUCUACAGUGUUCCUCAGGAGACAAUGCAAGGCACAGGGGAAGAGCUCUUCGACCACAUUGUGCAGUGCAUUGCUGACUUCCUGGAGUACAUGGGCAUGAGUGGAGCCUCUCUACCUCUGGCAUUUGCUUUCUCUUUUCCCUGUCAUCAAAACAAACUGGAUGAGGGCAUCCUUCUGAAGUGGACAAAAGGGUUCAAAGCCAGCGGCUGUGAAGGAAAAGAUGUCGUUACGUUACUCAAAGAAGCUGUUCGGCGCAGAGGGGAAUUUGGCUUAAGUUUUGUGGCGGUGGUGAAUGACACGGUGGGAACGAUGAUGACCUGCGGCUACGAAGACCCCAAAUGUGAAGUGGGUCUCAUUGUUGGCACAGGGACCAACGCCUGCUACAUGGAGGAGAUGCAUAACAUUGAAGUGGUGGAGGGCAAUGACGGACAAAUGUGUGUUAAUGUGGAGUGGGGAGCGUUUGGUGACAACGGCGAGCUGGAUGACUUUCGCACCCAGUUUGAUCGUGCAGUAGAUGAGGGCUCGAACUACCCCGGGAAGCAGAGUUAUGAGAAGAUGAUCAGCGGCAUGUACCUGGGUGAGAUAGUGAGGAACGUCCUGCUGGACUACACCGAGCGAGGUCUGCUGUUUAGGGGCAAAGUGUCCGAACGACUGAAGACCAGGGGCAUCUUUGCGACAAAGUUUCUGGCACAAAUUGAAAGUGACCGCCUAGCCAUGCGGCAGAUCCGCUCCAUCCUGCAGCACCUGGGUCUGACUGGCUCCACCUGCGACGACAGCGUGCUGGUGAAGGAAGUGUGCAGCGUCGUCGCUCGGCGGGCUGCUCAGCUGUGUGGCGCCGGUUUGGCUGCUGUGGUUGACAAGAUGCGCCAGAACCGCAAUCUGAACCAGCUCUCCGUCACUGUGGGAGUGGACGGCACCCUUUACAAGACACACCCUCAUUUCGCCAGCAUCAUGCAGGAAACCCUGCAGGAUUUGGCCCCACAGUGUCAGGUGACGUUCCUGAAGUCUGAGGACGGGAGUGGAAAGGGAGCCGCUCUGAUCACUGCUGUGGCCUCCAGGAACAAGAGCUAAACCCCCCGAGACAGACGCAGCACUGACGGGAUGGAUUCACUGAGGUGGAGGGAAGUUACACGCUCUGAUGAGAUCUGCUCUGUAGCCCCCAACUUUUUAGUUUUUAGUUGUUUGUGUUGUUUUAGGAAACCGUCAGACAUUUAGAGACAGGCUGUAAAGUUGGUUUUUAAAAGUUGAUGCAGCGAUGUUGCACUGUGAAAUCAGACUGUUACGAGCUCCAGGGUCGAUUUUUGUGAGCUUUGUAUUUUUCCCAGCUGUUCUAUUUUUAAACAUCUGUAAUUUAUAGCAGAUUUCAGCACAUUUACAGGUCAAGGUCAGAAAAACCAUCCAUCACCUGUCAAAAGCAGCACAGAAAAGGCCAUAUUUUUAUAUAAGUCUCCAAUCAAUUAGAAAUCUAUGUAUGUGUUUCAGGAGGUUUUUGUUUAGCUAUUUGAAUUAAAAAAUAUUGAGAAUUCCAUUUAUAAAAGUGCUUUCUGUCUUGUUAACAUUUUUACUUCUUGUUGAAUUUGAAUGAAAACACAUGCAUGAAAUUUGUAUGAAACAGUUUUGUGUGAAGAUGAAAAGUGAACCCGUGAAUAAUCAUGCGAUGGAAGUUAUUAUGAUGCAAUGAAAGAAAAGACACUCGCUUGUUUCGGUCAGACCUGGCGACUUGCAGAGGUCUUGAGCUGCUUUUCUGUAAGUAAAGAACCUGGAUCAUAUUUGGAGCUGUGACUCCAGGUUAUAGAGAUGGAAGCGGGACGAGUCUGGAGAUAUUUGCCUUCUUGACUGCUGCAUUUUACCUUACAACCAAAUAUCGACACAAGAGCUCAUCUGUCUGCUUCACAAAAAAAAAAAAAACUUCAAUGGAACAAUGUAGAAAAAAUAAAAAUAAAGAGUUACACAAGUU